AUGUACAGAUUCUUGAGAUCAGGUGCCGCUCGUCAAGUGCAGAGGGUUGGCCGUCGUUCCUUCAGCAACGGAGGCUCCAGAGCCCAGCAAAACUCAAACAGAUACUUACUCUUUGCUGCUGGUGUUGUGCCAGUGUCUUUGGGCUACUUCUUGCUCAACAAGAACAACAUCGAGAACGAAAGCGCUACCACACAAGACGCUGCAGUCCUCGAACAAGCUCAGGAAGUGGUGGAGGAGGUCCAGGAACACGCUGCCGAGGUUGUUGAUGAGGCCAUCGAAGCUGCUGAGGAAGCCGUUCCAAAGUCUGAGUCCAGUUCGGAAGAGCCCGAGGCGGAAGCCGGUGCCGAUGCCGAAGCCGAAAGCAACCAAAGUGCUGCUUUCAACCCAGAAACUGGUGAAAUUAACUGGGACUGCCCAUGCCUCGGGGGAAUGGCCCACGGACCAUGCGGUGAAGAGUUCAAGGAAGCAUUUGCUUGUUUCGUGUACUCCGAAAGCGAGCCAAAGGGUAUUGACUGUAUCAAGAAGUUUGAGAACAUGAGAACUUGUUUCAAGCAAUACCCCGAGCACUACAAGGAAGAAUUGUACGAGGACGACGAG